AUGCCUUCUGUCAAAGAUGAGACAGAUUUCAUUAAGAACGUGUGCCAACGGUUUAGCACAACGCCGGCCGAUAUUCAUGACAAGUUAACUGCUGACUGCACCGCCGGGAAGUUUGAUUCUCCUCUUUGUCGAGGAAUUAAGUCUUUGUUCCGUUAUGAUUGUCUCUGUGGGCCUCUCAUACCCUCAUCUCAACACUCUAAUCACUAUUUGUUCACAAAGCUGUUUGCCCAUCUCAUUGCUGGACCGAAAGGGAUCGAGGAUUUGACGUGUGCACUGAAGAACUAUGAUUACUCGGAUCGUUGCAGUUUGGUGUGGAUUGGAGACUACUUCGCCUACCGCUGCCGGACCUGUGGACUUACACCAAGCAUGUCCCUCUGUGGGGCUUGUUUUACUGCCGGCAAUCAUGAAAAUCACGAUUUUAACAAGUUUAAAAGCAUGUGCGGAGGCGCCUGUGAUUGCGGCGACCCAUCUGUAAUCCGGCCUUCUGGAAACUGCCGUUUCCACGGUCCUGACAAAGUUGCAAAUCGACCCUGCCCACCAAAAGAAUUGAUUGCUGUGCUGGAAUUUCUCCUUCCCAAUGUCAUGAAAGCCCUCAUGUUUUGGUUCUGGGAUCACUGCAAAGUGGAGGAGCCGGCCCUCAACGAAUUAGAAGCGCCGAUGCUCUACUUCCUUCAUCGUCUUCAUGCCUGUGGCUGGGUCACACAACAGCUGAUGGUCGAUGUAAUGAUUGACCCCCAAGUGUACCAAGAAUUGAUGAGAGAAUGUGCUUGCACACCGGCCUGCCGGUCCUAUAAGGCGAGUGUGGCAUCCAAACCUCGGUUUUCAAUGAGGGAUGAUGUAGACGAUGACGCCUCCCAGGACCUGGAGCACACGACCCUACUCGAGGCUUUCCUGUUCAUGAUUGUAAAACUUCGCUUUCCCGAGAGCUUGAGCACUUUGCUCAUUGGUCUACUACCCAUAAGCGACUUCAAGAGGCGGUUUAUUGAUGCCUAUGUUGACCACUACUCAAGGAUAUCUUCCACUCUAAUGGUAACAUCGCGUGUUAGAAACAUCUCUCCUGAGGCCGCAAUGCAACUGAACAACCGAAUUGUACACAUCUCGGUCCAGCUGUUCAGUGGUGUUGAUCAUGCCUACCGAAUGGUGAAGGAAAAGUCCCUUCACUACCUCAUCGUCAAAUGGAUGCGGAAUAUGUUCGCGUUGAGUCGCACACGUCUAGAUGAUCGUGGAAACAUGGUGGUCAACUGUGACGGUGUGCUUAUUCAAAAUAACGCCUUUUGGCCUCUCACCUCAGAUCUUAGCAACAUCCUCUCCCACAAGGUGGUCGCUGAUGUUCUGGUUGAGGAUAGAAAGUUUUUGUCUCUCUGGACUGAUAUUCUCAAAUUCAUGCAGUUCAUGAACUGCUUUUCCAUGAAGGAAGGUAGUCACAUUGAAUAUGAGACUAUGGCCUGUUAUCACGGUUUAACUAUGGAGAUCGAAGUCAGCAUCAGCAUUAUGUGGUACAUAUGGGAUCAUUAUCGAACAUCUCCCGAGAAGGAGCACUGUUUGAUGUACACCCGGGCUUGCAUCAAAGCCCUGGCCCAUCAACUGACCUACCUCGGCCGAUUGGUUGCCAGUUCGACCCAAUGGGCUCACCCUAUUCGGGGGCCGCUAAGUCUCCACCUACCUCUCAGCCGACAUGCUGCCUGUUUUCUCUGUCUUGCCGUGUUCACACAUCGUGCGGAUGUGAGGAAACUAAUGACACCCCUCUUGGCGCCCAAUCCAAAUGUUCUCCGUCGCCUUAUGGAGGAAUUGGCCAAUGUGCUGCUCGGCUGUCACGAGGUUCUCAUAGGGUACUGGGUUCGAAACGGCCAACCCAUUCGCCAAUCCGUUAUGCACUACAUGCAGAGCCAAAUGUGCUACUCAAUGGUUGAUUUGGACAUCUUCCUCUUCCAAGUCUGCGCAACACUGAUGCACCCCGUCUACAUACUCAAUACCCUGGUCGAUCAGUCUCGCCUAUUGCAGAACUUCUGCUUCCAUCGGGAGUUGAUGGCACUCACGAGACCCUCCCUCAUGAGCAUCACUGUGGAUCGUCAGCCAAUGGCCAUUGAGGCCUGGCUUACCAAUCUCUGCUGGAUUUUGGAUCUUCGUAAUAACCUCGGUCUUUCAGAAACAGGCCUCAUCGAAAAGGAAUUAGUCUGCUUCCUCGCGCCUGAAUCACGAAAACGCAGUGAUCUCUCCUAUCUCCUGCCUGAUCGCUGUCUUCCGCAAAAUACGGAUGUUAUUGAUGAGUGCCUUCAAAAGGUUGCAACGUAUGUGGCACCCUCCUGUGAUAACAUGUCAGGCUCACUGCUUAGUGGGCAUUAUUCCCUGAAACCGGAGUUAUGGCACGAGAAGUUUGAUCCCGUCUUCUACACCCUUCGCAUGACAAGCAAGCGGGAGCAGGCUUCUGCCUUGGAGAAGUAUCGGCUACACUGCCGCCAGACAGGGGGUACGCAAAACACCUUGGCGUUUUGGCCCCCCCACCGCCUGCCCUUGGAUUUGGCGCCGGAUUUUGCCGAUCUGGAAAACGCUCUGCAUAGUCGGCAUUUGCAUUACCUCCUCUUCUCUCUCCUCAGUUUGUACGUGUACGGAGAUCCGUUAAUGACCGAGGAGAGCCUUGUUCUGGUAAUCCAUCUCCUCUACCGAGCCGUGGUAGCUGGUGGCGUAAUUCUCAAAAAAGGCUUGGGACCGAAUCGCCUCAGCAUUGAAGCGGAACCCACAAUGCCUCACUUUGAUCCAAUCCAAUGUACCGAGGCCGUUAUGGCGGCUACCAAUCGUGAAGCAGAGCUAGAAGCGAUGCAGUUUGUUGAUGCCGACUCCGAAGUUGACGAUGAGGAGGAAGAUGAUGACGAUGAAUUGCAGUUAGCUGACGAGGAGGUGGGGAGGACAAAUAACGCUGAAGUAGACGAACCAAUGGAAGUGAAGGAGCCUCUGGUGGUCCCAAGUAGCGCGUCCACUUCCCACGACUCUACCACUGCUAUUCGCGGGUCCACCGUGCGACGCUCCAACGCCUUCAGGGUGCGCAGGCCGCCGACUAUUCCACUCAAAUGGGAUCUAAGCAUCGUUGCUUGCCCUUACCCUGUGCCCCAGUCCACACCCACUAUUUUCCAGCACCUAUCUACCUGGCUGGCUACCUCCCAGCAGACCGUGUCCAUGGCUGCAUUGGAAUCAAAAUCCCUGCACGAUGGCACCGAGUACUCGUCACCUGUGCGAGAUGAAUCGUGUCCCAUGGUGGAUAGCCUGCUCUCCUUGCUGGUCAAAGCUCACGCGCGUCUACAGUGGAGUCGCAUGGCAACCGCGACGAAUCUACCAGCCCAACAGGCGGUCGCUCCCUCGUGUACGAGUGUGGCGGCAGUGGCGCAGGACUGUGCCUUCUUAACUUUUCCCGCCUCAUCUCCCUCUCAGGCUGACACCGCGUCCGCCACCCCUACUCCUGUUGCUGACCUCACUGCCCGCUGCAUGGCUGUGCUUAAUGCUACGAACACGGAGGAAUCGACCGAAGGCGGACCAGUUGCAUCGCCCUUGGCCCGGGCCCUUCAAGCCAACACUUCGAGUGCCACACCCGAGGCGAAGAUGGUAAAAGUGCUCACCGAAAUGCCGCCGGAGUUGCGCUACUUUGCUGUUGCUCCUCCCACUUAUAAAAUGCCCGAAGAAAAGGAGGAAGAAGGGGCGAACGACACGAAGUCAGAAACGCAGUCAGAGGCAAGGGGAACAUCUGGAGUGACUCAAACCGAGAAGCCGGUUGAGUGUGGAGACGGCGUUUUCUGGGUUGGUAGACUGUUGGAUAAGAUUGUGGAACUCUCACCAGACUGUAAAUCUCAGUUGAAGGCUUUCCUUGAUCGUGCAAACGAUCCCUUCGGUGUGCGUCAGGAGGCUGAAACAGCGGGUGAGGAGGCGGAAAGUGCCCUUUUGCCGUCGGGCCUGCAAAGUAAUACCAAGACACGAGCUCAACGCAAGAGGGCUGCCUCAGAGAGGCGGAAGCGUCUUCUUGACAUGAUGGCUUCAAAACAGCGAGCCUUUGCUGACAACUUCCUCAAGUAUAUCGACAUGGACAAAAUUUGCGACGAGAUGACCGAGAAUCCCGAGGCGAAGAUGGAAUGCGAGUACGACUGCGUCAUCUGUCAGGCUACCCCUGAAACUCCACAGCCCAUGGUCCUCCUUGUAAUGCUCUGCGAAUCUGGACUGAUGGAGCAUAUGCGCAACUACCCGAACUUACCGCGCCUGAGUGGCGAGCGGAUGAUGUACAGUCGGAGCUACUUAUGCGAGGAUUCCUGUGUACCACACACCCUGCCCGUAGUUCCACCCGAGCUCCGACGUCAGAUGGACGUACUACCGAGGCGUCGUGCAGCCUCUAUGCCCCGCACCACAGAGGCGAGCAAUUGCAGGGCCUCGACGCCUUGCCGUAUCACUGACACCAUAAUCAUUCCUCCGAGCACUUUGAGCAGCACACCCUCCUGUGAAGCCUCGCGGGGCGAUGUCCUAGAACCGGUGGCGUACGUGGAGGAUCGGAGGUGGUGGAAUCUGGCUCUCCCCCCGGGGAUAGCCUCCUCUUUGCCGCUACUGAGAUCGGGGGUACUACUGCAGACCUGUGGGCAUGCGGUGCAUCGGGAGUGCUUUCAACGAUAUCGGCUUCAGAGUAUGCAUCAAGGCGGAAUUGGCGUGACCCGUUGGCUCGUCUCGUGCCCGCUCUGCCGUCGUGAUGUCCACUUUCUCCUACCUUUGGAUCGGAACUACAGUCCUGAGCAUUCGGAAUCCCAUUCAACAUCUCAGCAGAAAGCAUUGUCGGAGAACAAACUGGCUGAAGGGGCUGAUGUGGUAGCAGCGGAGAAGACCUCCGAUGUUGCUACUGUUGUCCCUGCGAUGGCAGAUACGUUGGCACAACAGUCUACUCCUCCCGAAACAUUCAUCCAGUGUCUUCGCGAAAGACUGGCAAGUGAAGGGCUGGAUUUAUUUACCCGGCCCUUUGUUCCGCCUCUGGAAGCUCUUCCUCCGGAGUCGCACAGUUUCUGGACAAAUUUGGUGGGAGGUGGCGAGGAUGAUCCACAGAAUCGCUACGGUCUGAUUUCUAAACUAUUUGGUGAUGUCAGUGAAGUACCCAUCCUCCUUCGUUCACAAUUCGAGUCAGAACUGUCAGUUCUCAUGGUGUACCCGACGCUCUAUCAGGGGGUUGCUCGGCGUUGCCUCUUUAGGGAACUGCUGAACUACUUGCGUUACGUCUACCGUUCUCCCUCAAAUCUCUUAUCUCUAGUAGACUCGCUUGCCCCACGAUCCAUUGCGGAUUCGAAAUUGACUACACCACUUACCAACUUGAGCAUCCCCUUAACGUUCGCCAUCUUCAGUGAUCCUGUGGACGUUCUCAUGACCCUACUGCCCCACGUUUGGCCGAAUGAAGAACAAUUCUUGGCACUUGGUUCAGCGUGCAUUUGCUUGGCGUACGCACGGGCCCUCGUGGGCCUCAUCCUAGGCCAGAUGCCCACUGGCAACAGCGGCUCCUACAUCCACUCGCAGCGCACCUCCAUCCACUGUGCACAGGAGCGGAUGACAAAUAUCCCCAGUCCACUGAAGAGUAAUGUGCUAGCUAUGACCACGUACCUUGAACAACUGGUAAAUCGUGCCUCGCCUAAAGGUGAGCAGGAUCCCCCAACCUUUCAUUUGCACACCGCGACCUCCAGCGCCUCCUCGACCUGUGAGUGCGUGCCCACGGACCUCGAAAUUGCGGCCAGUCUGGAUGUGGUGCAACUGAAUGCGCCGCCCAAGGAGGCCGGAAGGCAGUUGCAGGACCACCUGAUGAUGCGCAUUUUGCCCACCCUGCGUUUGGUUGCCCUCACUCUUGCUCGCUGGCGUGACAGCCUCCACAUUCGUGACGAUGACUUCUCUGGACCUGUAGUGGCGCUCUCCCUGCCUUUUGUGGGUAUACUGGCCAAUCCCAAGAAAACUGAACCGGAAAAGGGCCAACUGGUUAGGGAGUUCCUCGCUCUGAUCGCCUUCCUUGGACUGGGUUGUCCGGACCUGUCCACCGACGAAGAUCAAGAUGACCCAAUGCUUGGUGUCGGCCCCCUACUUCCCUUCGUGCAGUCAGCCGCGCUCCGUUCGGGUCUCACGACCCACCUGGACGGUGCAAGAGCCUUGGAUGAUCUGCUACGGCGAUGGAUCGGUCAGAUUACCUCCGCGGCUGCCUCGGAGAAAGGGGACGAGAAGUCUGCUAGCCUAGCAAUUGUAAAAGACGGCUCCACUCCCCUUCCGGCCUUCCCCCCUCCGCCCUCCUCCCCUCCACCACCGCCGCCACCACCACCGCCUCGGCCUUCACGUCACACCCUUCGACCAGUGUAUACCUUCCAACCAAGGAGUCUACAAGGCAGUCAGUACCUUGUUGCACAGCAGAGUGCAACCGGAGCCGGAUUGAAGGCCACUCUGUCGGAUUGGAUACAGAACAUGGGGCCUCUGAUGACGAUGGGGAGACAGCUGUACCCACCACGACUGAUUCGGCCACCAGAUGCGUUUGACGACCUAUUCAAUAACCUGCAAGUUGUGAACUGUGCCACUUCAAGACACCCCUUUCAAAAAAAUAUCCUCUGCCUUAUCUGUGGUCAGCUGCUGUGCGACAUUUGUUUCCCCAAUUUGGCCCAACUGCUCUUUCAGCACGCGUAUCGAUGUGAUGGUUUUGUGGGCGUAGCGCUGGAGAUCAACACCUCCCUGGUUCACGUCUCGAUGAACAUGAGUUCGUGUGAGUGGGGUUCCAUCUAUCUGGACUCCUAUGGUGAAGAGGAUCUCGAUUUGAAACGAGGUAAGCCGCUUUUCCUCAACGAGGAGCGAUUUGCGUUGCUGGAGAGCCAGUGGAUGUCGCACUCGUUUCGACACGUGCUGAAGCACUGGCGUCAUUACUAG